AUGAUGAUGGGCGACAUAGACAAGCAUUCCGGUACCUGGGAUUCCUCCAGUAAGAUCAUUCACUCGGGUAUCAAAGCAGGUCCUAUCGUUCUUUUCAAUUUGACCGAAAAAGCGCAAGGCGAUGUUGUCAUUCUCUCACCUUUUUCUCGUUUUAUGGCUACUUCACUGAGUCAACGAACGAAUGUGUUGGAGUACGGUGUGAUGGGUUCCAUGUUAUCAAUACCUGCCAAUUAUAAUCAUUCCAUGAUUGUCUUCUAUUCACAUCACGGUGUCAAUGAAGCAAUGCGUGAAUGGGGUCAAUCGAUGCGACGAGCAUAUAACCGCACUAUUGAACAUCGUCUGAAUGAUGUUACCAUCAAUUAUUUGGGUUAUUACACAGACAAUGGUGGGUACUAUUAUUAUCAUACAGAAACGGAACUAAACUACGAAGAGACAAUGAUCGCUGUUUCGCAAAACAUCCGACUGCCGUUUCACUACAUGCAACUUGAUUCGUGGUGGUAUUACAAAGGAAUUGGAGAUGGAGUGCGCGAAUGGACAUCUCGACCUGAUGUCUUUCCUGACGGUCUUCCUGCAGUGCGUCGUCGCUUGGAAAAUAUUCCUCUAGCAGCACACAAUCGUUACUGGGCAGCAGACACUACCUAUUCGAAGAAUUACAAUUUUGUGAUUGAUACAGCUAAUGAUAAAGCUCUUCCAGUGGGCAACGAUUCAUUUUGGCUCGAUCUAUUAGGUGAAGCAUCACGAGAUUGGGGUUUGAUCUUGUACGAACAGGAUUGGUUGAAUGUACAAACGAUUGACUUUAUGCCGACACGUACUGAUAUUCAUCUAGGACAUCAAUGGUUGACGUCGAUGGGCAAAGCAGCUGAUCAAGUAGGGAUGAACAUUCAAUAUUGCAUGAGUCUCUCUCGACAUGCUUUGCAAGCUCUGGAAAUUCCACGUGUCACGCAAGCACGUGUGUCCGAUGAUUAUGCUGUUCACCUUUGUCAACAACGCUCGCAAUGGAAUAUCGGAAUAUCGAGUAUGUUGGCCGACGCGAUCGGUUUAGCUCCUUACAAAGAUGUGUUCUGGUCGAGUUCAAACGAGCCUGGUGCUCCGUACAAAGGACCCACGAUGGAACCUGUUCCCGAUCGAGAAAUACUCAUCGCCACUCUCUCAACAGGGCCCGUCACUCCGGGUGAUGGAAUCAAUUACACCGACGCCAAACGGAUCAGGCGAUGCUGUAACGAAAAUGGGCUUAUCUUGAAACCUGACCGACCGAUAACUCUGAUCGAUGCACUCUUUGCCGACUGGGCCCAAAAUCAAGGAGUCACGCAAGGAGAACUUUAUUCUACCCGAUCAGCUCUGUAA